CGUCCCGCCGAGCUCUCACCUCUCCUCUGGAGGAAUCGCAGCCUUUCACGGAGUAGGGGGGCCCCUCCGGCGGCUGUUGGACUGCGCAGAACCUUGGGGAGCCAGCAAAGGAAAAGCGACGGUGGGCCGACGGAAAAGGAGAGAAGGGAAGGUCGUAUGCCGAGGUGUCUCCUCUCCGCGGAGGGACUCUGUUUUUGCGGUGGCGGAGGGACUUGACAGCACGGUAACUUCCGGAAAGUCCGGGAUCUGAGAGGAAAAACCUUGAAGGAAACAAUAACAAACAGCAGGAAGAGGCGGAUCUGGGUUUCUGUGUAGCGUAGUUCUCUAAGAAGAUGCUUUUCGGCCCCUGUGAGGCGACGUGAAAGGGCUCGGUGAAAGGGCUCCCGCCAGCCUUUCUCCACCUGUUUCCCACAGGGGUCCCUGGCUCUUGCCAUGGCGGGCGUGGGCCCGGGGGGCUACGCGGCGGAGUUCGUGCCACCUCCAGAGUGCCCAGUCUUUGAGCCCAGCUGGGAGGAGUUCACAGAUCCACUCAGCUUUAUCGGCCGCAUCCGGCCUCUGGCUGAGAAAACCGGCAUCUGCAAAAUACGACCGCCUAAGGAUUGGCAGCCACCAUUUGCAUGUGAAGUAAAAAGCUUUCGUUUUACUCCUAGAGUCCAGCGCCUGAAUGAACUUGAGGCAAUGACUAGGGUGAGACUGGACUUUUUAGAUCAACUGGCAAAAUUUUGGGAACUUCAAGGAUCUACUUUGAAGAUCCCUGUGGUUGAGAGAAAAAUCCUGGAUCUUUAUGCAUUGAGCAAGAUUGUUGCUAGCAAAGGAGGUUUUGAAAUGGUCACCAAAGAGAAGAAAUGGUCUAAAGUGGGUAGCCGCUUGGGAUAUCUGCCAGGAAAAGGAACUGGGUCUCUUCUGAAGUCCCACUAUGAAAGAAUUCUCUACCCAUAUGAACUUUUCCAGUCUGGUGUCAGCCUUAUGGGUGUACAAAUGCCUAAUUUAGAUCUUAAGGAAAAAGUGGAACCUGAGAUCCUCAGUGCUGAUAUCCAGACUUCCCCAGAGCCGGGCACCCGGAUGAACAUUCUGCCUAAGAGAACAAGACGAGUCAAGUCUCAGUCAGAAUCUGGAGAAAUGAACAAAAACACAGAGCUGAAGAAACUUCAGAUUUUUGGGGCUGGACCCAAGGUUGUGGGCCUGGCAGUUGGAACAAAAGAUAAAGAAGAUGAGGUCACCCGAAGACGAAAAGUUACCAACAGGUCAGACGCAUUUAACAUGCAAAUGAGACAACGGAAAGGAACUCUCUCUGUUAACUUUGUUGAUCUCUAUGUGUGUAUGUUUUGUGGUCGGGGAAACAAUGAAGAUAAAUUGCUUUUAUGUGAUGGAUGUGAUGACAGCUAUCAUACAUUUUGUCUAAUUCCACCACUACCUGAUGUUCCCAAGGGAGACUGGAGGUGUCCUAAGUGUGUUGCUGAGGAAUGUAACAAACCUCGAGAAGCCUUUGGAUUUGAACAAGCCAUACGAGAAUAUACACUUCAGAGCUUUGGAGAGAUGGCGGAUAAUUUUAAGUCUGAUUAUUUCAAUAUGCCAGUCCAUAUGGUUCCCACAGAACUAGUAGAAAAGGAAUUCUGGCGGCUGGUUAGCAGCAUUGAAGAAGAUGUUAUUGUGGAGUAUGGAGCUGAUAUUUCCUCAAAAGACUUUGGAAGUGGAUUUCCAGUGAAGGAUGGUCGGAGAAAGAUGUUGCCAGAAGAAGAGGAGUAUGCAAUUUCUGGUUGGAAUUUGAAUAACAUGCCUGUCCUGGACCAGUCUGUUCUUGCACACAUUAAUGUAGAUAUUUCUGGUAUGAAGGUGCCAUGGCUGUAUGUGGGAAUGUGUUUCUCUUCUUUUUGUUGGCACAUUGAAGAUCACUGGAGUUAUUCCAUUAACUACUUGCAUUGGGGGGAGCCAAAGACAUGGUAUGGUGUACCAUCUCAUGCUGCAGAACAACUGGAAGAGGUGAUGAGGGAGCUGGCCCCUGAGUUAUUUGAGUCCCAGCCUGAUCUGCUACAUCAAUUAGUCACCAUCAUGAACCCCAAUGUGCUAAUGGAGCAUGGUGUGCCUGUGUACAGGACCAAUCAGUGUGCAGGCGAGUUUGUUGUGACAUUUCCUCGUGCCUAUCAUUCUGGAUUUAACCAGGGCUACAACUUUGCUGAAGCUGUGAACUUCUGUACUGCUGACUGGUUGCCCAUUGGACGUCAGUGUGUAAAUCAUUACCGACGCCUAAGGCGCCAUUGUGUCUUUUCACAUGAAGAGCUCAUUUUCAAGAUGGCAGCAGACCCCGAAUGCUUAGAUGUGGGACUGGCUGCUAUGGUUUGCAAAGAAUUGACUCUCAUGACUGAAGAAGAAACACGAUUAAGGGAAUCUGUUGUACAAAUGGGUGUCCUGAUGUCAGAAGAAGAAGUGUUUGAACUUGUUCCAGAUGAUGAGCGACAGUGUUCAGCAUGUAGAACCACUUGUUUUCUCUCUGCUCUCACAUGCUCCUGUAAUCCUGAGCGGCUUGUAUGUCUCUACCAUCCAACUGAUCUCUGCCCCUGCCCCAUGCAGAAGAAAUGUCUUAGAUAUCGCUACCCAUUAGAAGAUCUCCCUUCUCUUCUUUAUGGUGUAAAAGUCAGGGCACAAUCCUAUGACACUUGGGUCAGUCGUGUUACAGAAGCAUUAUCUGCUAACUUCAACCACAAGAAAGAUUUGAUUGAAUUGCGAGUAAUGCUGGAAGAUGCUGAGGAUAGGAAAUAUCCAGAAAAUGAUCUUUUUCGAAAGCUCAAGGAUGCUGUAAAAGAAGCUGAGACUUGUGCAUCUGUGGCCCAGCUGCUUCUGAGCAAAAAGCAGAAACACAGGCAGAGUCCAGAUAGUGGGAGAACUCGGACCAAGCUGACAGUAGAAGAAUUGAAGGCCUUUGUCCAACAACUUUUUAGUCUUCCAUGUGUUAUCAGCCAAGCUCGACAAGUAAAGAAUCUGCUUGAUGAUGUGGAAGAGUUCCACGAACAAGCUCAGGAGGCAAUGAUGGAUGAAACCCCAGAUUCUUCCAAACUCCAGAUGUUGAUAGACAUGGGCUCUAGUCUAUAUGUGGAGCUACCUGAAUUACCUCGACUGAAGCAAGAGCUACAGCAGGCUCGGUGGUUGGAUGAAGUAAGAUUGACCCUCUCAGAUCCACAACAAGUCACUUUGGAUAUCAUGAAAAAGCUGAUUGACUCUGGGGUAGGGUUGGCACCCCACCAUGCCGUGGAGAAAGCAAUGGCUGAGUUACAGGAGCUUCUUACGGUCUCUGAACGAUGGGAAGAAAAGGCUAAGGUCUGCCUACAGGCAAGACCUCGGCAUAGUGUGGCAAGUUUAGAAAGCAUUGUCAAUGAAGCCAAAAACAUUCCAGCUUUUCUACCUAAUGUGUUAUCCUUGAAAGAAGCCUUACAAAAGGCUCGAGAGUGGACAGCAAAAGUGGAAGCUAUUCAGAGUGGCAGCAACUACGCUUAUUUGGAGCAGCUUGAAAGCUUAUCUGCUAAAGGGCGCCCUAUCCCUGUGCGACUUGAUGCACUGCCACAGGUGGAGUCACAGGUGGCAGCAGCGCGGGCCUGGAGAGAACGGACAGGGCGGACCUUUCUUAAGAAGAACUCCAGCCAUACAUUGUUACAGGUGCUGAGUCCUCGGACUGACAUUGGUAUAUAUGGGAGUGGUAAAAACAGAAGGAAAAAAGCAAAAGAACUAAUAGAAAAAGAAAAGGAUGUAGACCUUGAGCCUUUGAGUGAUUUGGAGGAAGGACUGGAGGAAACCAGAGAUACAGCCAUGGUGGUGGCAGUAUUCAAAGAACGAGAGCAAAAAGAGAUUGAAGCUAUGCAUUCCCUGAGAGCAGCCAACCUAGCCAAGAUGACCAUGGUGGACCGCAUAGAAGAAGUAAAGUUUUGUAUUUGCCGUAAGACAGCCAGUGGGUUCAUGCUGCAGUGUGAGCUCUGCAAAGAUUGGUUCCAUAACAACUGUGUUCCCCUUCCUAAAUCAAGUUCCCAGAAAAAAGGAUCCAGCUGGCAGGCUAAAGAAGUUAAAUUCCUUUGUCCUCUUUGUAUGAGGUCUCGAAGGCCCAGGCUAGAGACUAUACUGUCACUGCUAGUAUCCCUUCAGAAGUUGCCUGUACGGUUGCCUGAAGGAGAGGCCCUUCAGUGUUUGACAGAGCGUGCCAUGAGUUGGCAGGACAGAGCCCGGCAGGCCCUAGCCACAGAUGAACUGUCGUCUGCCCUGGCCAAACUGUCUGUGCUAAGCCAGCGGAUGGUCGAACAGGCAGCCCGAGAAAAAACUGAAAAAAUCAUCAGUGCAGAACUCCAAAAAGCAGCUGCCAAUCCGGACUUACAGGGACACUUACCUAGUUUUCAGCAGUCUGCUUUUAACCGCGUGGUGAGCAGUGUAUCAUCUUCUCCUCGACAAACAAUGGACUAUGAUGAUGAAGAAACAGACUCUGAUGAGGACAUUAGAGAGACAUACGGCUAUGACAUGAAGGACACAGCCAGUGUGAAGUCCUCUAGUAGUCUGGAGCCCAAUCUCUUCUGUGAUGAGGAAAUUCCUAUCAAGUCAGAGGAAGUGGUAACUCAUAUGUGGACAGCACCUUCAUUCUGUGCAGAACAUGCUUAUUCUUCUGCUUCUAAAAGUUGUUCUCAAGGUACUAGCACCCCAAGGAAACAACCCCGGAAGAGCCCUUUGGUUCCCCGAAGUUUGGAACCUCCAGUGUUGGAGUUGUCACCUGGAGCUAAAGCUCAGCUGGAAGAACUCAUGAUGGUUGGAGACCUCCUGGAAGUGUCUCUAGAUGAGACGCAACACAUAUGGCGGAUUUUGCAGGCCACACACCCUCCCUCAGAAGACAGAUUCCUACAUAUCAUGGAGGAUGACAGCAUGGAAGAGAAACCAUUAAAAAUGAAGGGAAAAGACUCUUCAGAGAAGAAACGGAAACGGAAGCUAGAAAAGGUAGAACAACUUUUUGGAGAAGGAAAACAGAAAUCCAAGGAGCUAAAGAAAAUGGACAAACCCAAAAAGAAGAAACUAAAAUUAAAUGCAGACAAAUCAAAGGAGUUGAACAAAUUGGCCAAGAAACUAGCAAAAGAAGAAGAGAGAAAGAAAAAGAAAGAAAAGGCUGCAGCUGCCAAAGUUGAACUUGUGAAAGACAGUACUGAGAAGAAAAGAGAGAAAAAAGUGCUGGACAUCCCCUCCAAGUAUGACUGGUCAGGAGCAGAGGAAUCUGAUGAUGAGAAUGCUGUGUGUGCAGCCCAGAACUGCCAAAGGCCCUGUAAGGACAAGGUAGACUGGGUACAAUGUGAUGGUGGCUGUGAUGAGUGGUUUCAUCAAGUUUGUGUGGGUGUAUCUCCAGAAAUGGCUGAAAACGAAGAUUACAUCUGUAUAAACUGUGCAAAGAAGCAGGGGCCAGAUAGCCCAGGUCAUGCACCACCUUCUUCCUUCAUAAUGAGCUACAAACUGCCAAUGGAGGAUCUUAAAGAAACCAGUUAGCAGAUACUUGGUUAGUUUGGGACAUGGAGGGAGUCGACCAUGUUGAGACCUUAGUUAUAAAGUAGAGUGAUUGAGAUCCACUCAGAAUGUUGCUUCCAAAGAUGAAUGGCCUUCAUAGAAAGUCCUCUUAGUGUUAGCUUCCCCUUUGCAUGAACAGUGUGGGCUACAUUCUCUAUCAGCACAUCUAUGCAAAGGAUGUCUUCUUUGGGACAGCAGGCAGAAUUUCAAUUCAUAUCCCCUUUGAGUAUGAUUACUGGAUUGAGGCCAGACACUUGAUGGAGCUCACAGGUGUCUGGUUGGCAUUAAUACCCGGGUGUGCUAGCAGGGCAUGUAGGAUGUGGCUUAAGGCCAGCUGAUAUUAGAAGCUUAUAACGUAGCAGCACCACCAUCUGAUGGUGUUGAUUGCUUGAAUCUCCUUAGUUGCGAUAAUGGGAGAGGAAUCAGAGUACAUCUUUCCUACUACUAUUACCUGGCCUUUAAUUUCCUGUCAAUAUAACUAUAAGGAACAGGCCAGAGUUUUUCUUAGAAGUAAUGGGAGAGUAGCCCAGUCUGUAGACUCAGCUGCUUAUUCUUGUUUGUACCAAGAAGAAAAUCUCAAGUAAGAGAACCUUACACCAUCUCUGGCAGAUCACCUUACUUUUCUAAGCAGGAGGAUGACUAUAUUGAAGAAGAGUUUUUCUCAUUUCAAGGCAAGAAGCCUUUUUUUGGCUUUGAGAAGUUUGACUGUCUUGGGUCUGCAUUUUAGAGAAGAGCAGGUAAUGGAUCCAAGCUUCUUUAAAAAAAGAAAAAGAAGACCAGAAUGUCUUUCUGAGCCACAGCCUGCAUGCUUUUUCGGAAACCUUCAUUCCCAAGUAUUCCAGACACCAUCUGGCUUUAGGCAUGGCCAUGAGCAAGACCAGCAAGUAUCAGCUUCUUGCCUUGCAGCUCUGACCCAAUGUCUUCUGUUCCCAACAUGGCAACAUCUGAACAUGACCCACAGCGAAUGCUGUUGAAUAAUAACAUGACUUCAUGAGAGCAUGUGGAGUUGUAGUACCUCUGCGUGAUAAAGUUGUUUUAGUAAAUCCAUUUUUAAAAAGGAAAAAAAAAAGGACUUGUUUUUACUUUUUCUAAAUGUCUCUGACUACUGACUGUUCUAUAAAUAGAUUAUUUUUUUUAAUAUACCUAUACGAAUAUAUAAAUAUAUAUAUAUAUAUAUAUUUACUGUUACCAGCAGCAUUUGACAAGAGUUUUAGCAUCAAAAAUCCAUUUGGGAGGUUGCUUUUUCUUUUUUGUUUUUUGAUAAGAAAAUCCCAUUCCUUCUUUGUAUGUAGUACAAGGAGUUAGCACUCCCUUCUCCAUCUUAACCUGACUAGAUCUUCCAUUUUGCUUUUGUUCAAAUAGAUAAUUCUGUUUUCUUUGUGUUUGUGUUUUGGGAUUCGUCCCUGUCUGUUGGGAAACUUGAUCUUACUCUAGUUUGUGCUGGCUAUUUUUUCUUUUAUAUGUGAAUGUUUGAAACUACGGUGCUGUUCUUUUCCCUCCUACUACAGUUUCUGUUCUUGUUAGGUAAGCUGUAUGUAAACUCCUAGUAGAAGGGGACUAUUUUUUUAAAGGCCAAAAAAAAUUUUACUAAAAAUAGUGUUUUGUCUCACUAUCCUGUGUCCUUUAUUUUGGUUUAAAAACCUGUGGUUUGACUUACAUUUAUCAGUUGUCCUUUUUUUAAAGGGGAGAUUGGUGUGGACCUAGAACAGUUUAUAGUCUCCUUUUCUCUUUCUGUCCCAGUCUUUUUUAAAGAAAUGUCUUCUAGUAACUAGAAGUGAAAUGUACUGUCCAGUUACAGUUUGAGUAGGUAUGAGAUCUAACUCAAAAGGCAUCUUAUUUAAAAAAAGAAGAAAAAAAGCUUUCAUGUAAAAUCCACUUCCUGUAAAUGUUUUCUCUGUGGUUCAUAUUACCUACUGUUUGCUCAUUCUUGCUUUAAUACUAGGUAACAUUUGAAGGUUUUGACCUGUUAAGGGAUUCGUAAGUGUUGCUGUGUGCUGUCUUGAGAUCUCAAGUGUACAAUUUAAAAGUGAACAUUGUGAGGUAAUUGACUAGUUUUCACUUUGCUGAACUACAUAUAGAUUAUCACUUAAGAAUUUUGUCUGGGUAAUAUUAUAAAAAAGCACAAUAUUGUUUUCCGUUUGGUCUUUGUAAAAGUCUUCAAAUAUUUGCGGGUUAAAAUUUCAAAAGUAAAUGAUAGGUACACAGAAUACAUUUAAAAAUUUGAUUUUCAUUUCUUAGUCACUAGGGGACAGUUGUGGGUAUGCUAAGAAAGGUGGUUGGUAUCUUGAAGUAUAUAGUGGGUGGACAGGUGGCGGUCUGGGGAGUAAUUUGUGUGCUUGCUAUGGUUUGUGGCUGGUGGAGACCUGGAAAAUGAGACAGUCAUCUUUUGAUAUUUUGAAACUUAAAUAUUUCAUUUAAUUCAUACUGGUAUUUUCUAUAGUUAUUUGGAGGAUUUGGUCUGUCAUAAUCACAGAUAUAGGCCAAGGCUGAGAAGAACAGAAGAGUGAAAUUAGUGCUCCCCUCUCCAAAAAAAUCUGUGGCUCUGGAAUUAAUGAAAUAAGAUUAAUCUAUUUAAAGAAAUAUUGGUGUUACAAAGCAUUAAUUCAACUUUAAGGAAAUUAAUUUACAACCAACUCCAUUCUUCUGUACUGUUAACAUUUGAAAUUAAAAUUUGAUUUAAAAGGUUUCUGUACCAUUCCUAUUUCCUCAAAGUUGGAAUUCAUCAUUCAUAUUUUAACCUGUAUUUAAUUCUUUCAAAGGCAUUUUUCACUACCGUCAUUACAAUAUUUUGCCAAAAGUAAUAGAAAGAAAAAUGAAAAAAUUAGAAUUAUACAAAUCCCUAAGUUUAGAAGUGCAAGUAUAGUGUUAGUAGUUAGCUUUCUAGCUGGGAAGAGAAGAGGGGACAUUUUCCUCUGAUACAUACUUACUUCACUUCCUGACAGUUACUGCAAAAAGCCAUGUUGAGAUGUAGAUGCUGGGCUCUCUCACUAAGCUGCUGCAAACCAGCUUUGCCUGCAUGAUUCAGACUUGUGCCUCAGUAAAAUUAUGAACUACUGCAUGUUAUACUUUGAAUAAUUGAAAAGGUAAACAUUUAUUCUGAUUGCUCACAAUCUAAUAAUCAAAAACAUGGUAAAUGCUAAUAGACCUAUAAGAUUAGAUUUUACCUGUGCUUCACUUCUGUUCUCUGAUUCUGUAUCCAAGAAAUGUCAGUUAAUUUUAUUCUUAAUCAUUUGAUUUUAGAUGCAGUACAGUGCAUGUAAAGAAACUCCCUACUUGUUAAUAUUUUAAUUCUGUAGUAUAUUUGUGUUGGCCAAUACUUACAGUAGAAGGAUGAAAGGAAAAAUUAGGAAAACCUCUCUUUCAAAGUUUGAGAUUAUCCACUUUUUAAAAGAGAAAAGUGACAAUUUGGAGUGGGAUUUGAAAAUUGUAAAUUGUAGAAAACUGAGCUGUUGAAGUCCCACAUAUAACCAGGUUCAAUAAAGUUUCAUGUGUGAGUAAUUAGCUUCAUAUGUGUGUAGAAAGUUGCUUUUGCAGUAGGUCCUGAAGUAUAAUUCCUUUGGGAAUCCCUCCCCCUCCUUAUUCUUCCUUCUCCCUCCUCCUUCCUCUUUUCUGCUUCCUUC